AUGGGCCCCGGUUCCACCAUGGUCCCCACGGAGGACUCUGCAAGGAAACGGGAGAUCGAAGAGAAAUUGAAGCAGGAGCAAGAGACGCUGUCAUUCAUCAGAGAGAACCUGGAGAAGAGCGACCAGCUCACCAAGGGCAUGGUAUCCAUCCUGUCGUCCUUCGAGCGGCGCCUGAUGCAGCUGGAGAACUCUAUCAUCCCUGUUCACAAACAGACAGAGAACCUACAGCGGCUCCAGGACAAUGUGGACAAGACCAUGAGCUGCAUGGACCAUGUGAUCGGAUACUACCAUGUGGCCAAGGACACGGAGCGAGUUAUACGGGAGGGUCCCACCGGGCGCCUCGACCAGUACCUUUUAUGUGUCGCUAAAAUCCAAAAGGCCGUGGAGUAUUUUCAAGACAACAACCCAGACAGCCCUGAACUCAACACUGUGAAGGGUCUGUUUGAGAAGGGGAAGGAGCAGUUGGAGGCAGAGUUCCGGAGCCUUCUUAGCCGCUACAGUAAGCCUGUCCCCCCUGUCCUCAUCCUGGACGCUCUGGGACCAGACUUGGACCCCGAAGACGAGCUGGAGCUGCUGCAAGACGAGGUGGUCCUGGAACAUCUGCCCGAGUCUGUCCUGCAAGACAUUAUCUGCAUCUCAGUGUGGCUGACGGAAUACGGCCGCAACCAGGACUUCAUGGUGGUGUAUUACCAGGUUCGUUCCUCUCAGCUGGAUCGCUCCAUUAAAGGACUGAAGGAUCAUCUAAGAAAGAACAGCGCCCCCUGUGGGACUCUCUGUUCACCAGCAGUACAGAGCAAACGCAAGGAGACUCCCACCAAGAAGGUCCCCAAGAGACCAGGGACCAUCCGUAAAGCGCAGAACCUUCUCAAACAGUACUCUCAGCUCGAUGGAAAAAAGACCGGAGCUAACGUCACAGCUGAAGGUAAAGACGAGGUCCUGGACUCAGAGAUGGAUUCUUACAUUCACUGCAUCAGUGCGUUCGUCAAACUGGCUCAGAGCGAGUACCGUCUCCUCAGCGACAUCAUCCCAGAGCAUCACCACAAGAAGACCUUCGACUCCCUCAUCCAGGAGGCGCUGGAUAACCUGGUGUUAGAGGGGGAGAACAUAGUGAGUGCGUCUCGCAGAAACAUCCUGAGACACGAUUACUCUGCUGUUCUGUCCAUCUUCCCUGUGCUGAGGCACUUGAAGAACCAGAAGGGGGACUUCGACCAGGUACUACAGGGUACAGCAGCCAGUACUAAGAACAAACUUCCUGCUCUCAUCACUUCCAUGGAGACAAUCGGAGCCAGAGCUCUGGAGGAGUUUGCCGACAGCAUCAAGAACGAUCCUGAUAAAGAGUACAACAUGCCCAAAGACGGAACAGUGCACGAGCUCACCAGCAACGCCAUCCUGUUCCUGCAGCAGCUGCUGGACUUCCAUGAGACUGCAGGAGCCAUGCUGGCCUCACAAGAGAGUUCGUCGUCCUCCAGCUACACGUCCGACUUCAACAAGAGACUGCUGAGCUCCUACAUCUGUGAGUGUUCAUCUGAGAGAUGUCGUCUCUGUCCCUCUGUGUCCUCUGACUGUCCCUCUGUGUCCUCUGACUGUCCCUGUGUGUCCUCUGACUGUCCCUCUGUGUCCUCUGACUGUCCCUCUGUGUCCUCUGACUGUCCCUCUGUGUCCUCUGACUGUCUCUCUGUGUCCUCUGACUGUCCCUCUGUGUCCUCUGACUGUCCCUCUGUGUCCUCUGACUGUCCCUCUGUGUCCUCUGACUGUCCCUCUGUGUCCUCUGACUGUCUCUCUGUGUCCUCUGACUGUCCCUCUGUGUCCUCUGACUGUCCCUCUGUGUCCUCUGACUGUCCUUCUGUGUCCUCUGUCUGUCCCUCUGUGUCCUCUGACUGUCCCUCUGUGUCCUCUGAUUGUCCCUCUGUGUCCUCUGACUGUCCCUCUGUGUCCUCUGACUGUCUCUCUGUGUCCUCUGACUGUCCCUCUGUGUCCUCUGACUGUCCCUCUGUCCUCUGA